CCUCUCCAAGUCUCACCUGAUAUAUUUCAAAAUGGUUCACUUCGGCCUCGUCAUCUUCCCCGGGUACGAAGUUCUGGAUGCCUUCGGUCCCACCGAGGUCGUGCACGGCCUGGGCCAUCCCAUGGUCAACAAGGAUGCCGCAAACACCCAAUUGAGCAUUAUCGGGCCCAGCCUGGAGCCAGUCUCAAGCGCUUCUGCAGAAGGAUCACCGAUCAAGACACGUGUAGGCCAGACGAUCGUGCCGACCCACACCUUCGAUGCGCCGCCGGAGGACAUUGACGUGCUCAUCGUCCCAGGAGGAUUCGGAGCAGGCCCCAAGUCUCUCACUGGAGGCGCAUGGGAGGCCAAGGACGUUGAAAGGAUUAUUCAGUUCUUGCGUGAUCAAUAUCCCAAGAUCAAGCACCUUUUGACCGUGUGCAACGGAGCGGGUCUCGCGGCCAGAGCAGGCAUCCUUGAUGGACACCGUGCAACAACGAACAAGCAGCUCUGGCAGCUAAUCACAGCGACUGGUCCCAAGACCCAUUGGGUAGCCAAGGCGCGCUGGGUGGUUGCAGACAACAACAAGCUUUGGACUAGCUCGGGCGUAUCGUCCGGAACAGAUGCCAUGCUUGCCCUGGUAGAUCACAUCUACGGCAAAAAUGACCAAGGAAUCCUCUUGGGAGACGUCCUCAAGAACGGCAUGGAAUGGAACCGUGCCCACGACAGCGGUGAAGAUCCAUUCGCCGCACUCGCCAAUGCCGAAGACGUGCUUCCUCAGGCGUGAGUGGCGUGCAUCUGAGUUUGGUAGCCAGGCUAUUUUGUAUUGAUGUGCCACAUCUGUCGAGCUUCCAACUUGCACGAGAUUGCUGGUUAUUGUUGGUUUAGUAUAUUUUGAGGAAAGUUUUGCAUGUGAAAAUAGCUCCGUACGAUUCAAUGACAAGCC